AUGUUUAACUACUAUUUGUGCCUGCUUUGCGUCGUUCUGGGAGUUGCCCAGGGGACGAUUUUCGAGCGACCGUGUCGUACCGAUGUGACCGUCGUGCAGGACUUCCAGGUCGAGCAGUAUCUCGGCCUGUGGUACGAUCUGGAACACUACGAGGCCAGCUUCGAGCAAAACACCGAUUGCGUAACGGCCGAGUAUAGCCGGUACGAGGACGGUUCGAUCCGGGUGUUCAAUUCUGCCGUCCGGCUCACCGAUGGCCUGCUGUAUGCCGUCGAUGGACGGGCCCUGCUCAGCUAUCCGGAGGUGGACGUGCUCGAGGCCAAGCUGAACGUAUCGUUCUAUGGAGCACCGAACGAUGAAUCAAACUAUUGGGUGCUGGACACGGACUACGAGAACUAUUCGAUUGUUUGGAGCUGUGAACCCAUCGGUCAGGAGCGAUCACUUGAAUACUACUGGCUGCUGUCGCGUACGCCUACCUUGCCGGAGGAUGAGGAGCUGCGGGAAAAGAUUGUUCAGCUGAAGGAAGCAAAUGGAAUCGUCGAUGAUGAGCUUAUCAUUACGGAACAUUUCGCCGAUGACCAUCAGGUGCAAGGAUUCAUUGUAAAAGAUGGAAACUGCUCAGUGCUAUCGACUAAUUUGCCGUUUGUGAAAAAUUUAGAUGUUGAAAAGUACUUAGGAGUGUGGUACGAGCGGGAACGAUACGAACAGGACUUCGAACGCAAUUUGGAAUGCGUCACAAUCCUUUAUCGGAGCAGCCGGCCGAUCGGUAUGCUGGAGGUUAAAACCAGCGGCUUCCUUCCAAAGGAUGAGAAAUUCCAAAUGUUCUCUGGCAUCGGGUUGUUCAGCGAAGAGCCUUCCGCUAACGGAACGGUCGCCAAACUAAACAUUAGCCUUGGGCCGGGUUUGAACGCUACCAACUACUGGAUAGUGGAUACGGACUACGUGAACUAUGCGAUCGUCUACUCCUGUACGACAUACCUCGAGUCGGAUCAGUCGGUCGAGGGGUACUGGUUGUUGACGCGCUCCCAGAAGAGAAUCACCGAUACGGGUGUACUGACUCGAAUCAAUUACAUUCGUACAACGUACUUCGAGGAGGCUCAUAUGCGCCGCACGAAUCAAACCGAGGAACUCUGCCCGUCGACGCCGUCACUACCACCAGCACCGAGUUCGGUCGUUUUACCACCCUUGUAG